AUGAAUCGCACGCUGGUAGAGUGUGCGCGCUGUAUGAUGGAACAUGCUGGACUGGUAAAGAGCUACUGGGGUGAAGCAGUGAUGACGGCGAUGUUUCUUCGAAACCUCUGUCCAACACGUGCCAUCCACUACGACAAGUCUCCAUAUCAAGUGUGGACGAUGAAGAAACCGAUUAUGGCCAACCUUAAAGUAUUCGGAUACCACGCGUAUGUUCAAGUACCUCAAGACAGACGCGCGAAGUUCGACUCCACGUCAUCACUCUUUCGUUUCCUGGGGUACGCCGAACACCAGAAGUCGUAUCGAUUCGAGGAAGUGUCAACAGGAGCAAUCAAGAUCAGUCGCGAUGCCACGUUCAUGGAAGACAAGUUUGAUGAAGGUCCGCGUAACUACAACGAUGAGUCAAGUACCGUUGAGUUUGACGAUCAAGACGACGACGAAGAAAAAGAAGAAGGUAAAACUGACGUCGACAUGAACUCGAGCGACGAUGACGACGAAGACACCAGGUCUUCGAAGAGCAACAUCAAGAGACACACGCGCACUCAAUCACUGGAGAAAGCUAUCGUCAUUCCAAGUCCCAAGCGAAGAACGUACAGAGGUCCGUCGCUUGAGCAUGUAUCAGCGGCUGCGAUGGAUUUUGAAGCAGCUUACAUUAUGGAUUCAGUGGGGGAAAUGCCGACUACGUUCAAGUCGGCUAUGGAAUCAAGCGACUCCGGCAAGUGGAAAGAAGUGUGUGACUCGGAGUUCGACUCGUUUCAGAUAAACGACACGUGGGAGAUCGUGCCUCAUCCGAAAGGUCGCAAAGCCAUCGGGUGCCGAUGGGUGUUUUGUACCAAGGAGAAUCAAGAUGGCGAAUUUGAGCGUUUCAAGGCGAGACUUGUGGCCAAAGGAUUAUCAAAGAAAUUUGGAGUUGACUAUGAAGAAACUUUCGCACCAGUGGCCAAGUUCACAUCGAUUCGUGUGGUGCUCAGCGUGGCGGCCAAGUACGGCUUAAUGCUACAUCAGAUGGACGUCAAGACAACGUUUCUUAACGGCUCCCUCGACGAAGACAUUUACAUGGACCAACCGGCAGGAUACCUGGAUGAAAAACAGCCGGACUAUGUGUGCAAGCUAAAGAGAUCGCUCUAA